AUGGCCAAGAAACAAGCAGCAAUGGAACAGCAUGCCGAGUCUCACACCGUCACGAGACAAUUUCUCUCGUCUAGUGAUAGCCACAAAGAGAUUUUUUACGAAUAUGACGACGCCCAACCAGAGACCGGUACCAGCGCCGCGGCAUCACCUGAGAAAACAGUACCGCCUGCUAAGAGUCCCGCUCCCAGCAUGGUGGUUGAGACCAGUCAACGCGUAGAUACUGGAUCUCCUACUAUUAUGGCAGCAGGUACAGUCGACGAUAUCCCCAUGACUGCUACUGAUAUAAUCCUUGCCGUGGUUGCACAGAAAUUGCGGAAACAAUUCGACCAAAUUCCGAUUUCGAAAUCAAUUCAGGAACUUUCGGGAGGAAAAUCGACUCUACAGAACGAAAUUGUGGGCGAUCUUGGUAGCGAAUUGGGCAGCCUGCCCGAUGGCUCCGAGGAUAUGCCACUUGCUGCCCUUGGUGCUGCAUUAGCAGGUGGUUUCAAGGGACGACCUGGCAAACAGGUUUCCAGUUUGAUUUCUAAACUUAUUUCAUCUAGAAUGCCUGCUUCUUUUAACCAGCAGGCAAUCAGACAAUAUCUGAGCUCGCGCUGGGGCCUCGGUCCCCAAAGACAGGAUACUGCUAUUUCAUACUCCAUCACACUCGAGCCAUCCUCUCGAUUAACGAGCGUUGACGCUGCGAAGGAGUUUUUCGACCAGGUUGUUCAACGCUACGCCGCAUUUGCGAAUUUCUCUUUGACUUCCGGAUCGGCUGGCCCAUCGGUUGCACAAGCACCUCUCGUAGAUGCCAAAGCCCUGGAAGCAGCACAAAGAGAGCAUCAAGUCGCUUUAGAAGAAAUCUAUGAGGUUAUUGGCAAUCUCAUAAAGCGACGUGAUGGCGACGAGACCACAAACUGUGGCAAAGACUCAGACGACACACUUCUAGAGACGCUUGGUCACUGGACUUCCGAGUUCGGCGAUGAUUUGUAUGCCGGAACGAAACCAAUUUUUGACACAAACAAGAUCCGUGUAUAUGACUCAUGGUGGAACUGGGUGCGAGUGGAUUUGAUUGCACUGAAGCAAGAGCUUCAGAUCGGGCGGCUUGAUUCCGGCGAUUUCAAAGAUAGAGUCCGUAUGAUUCUCAAUCGAUGGACACCAACGUGUGACGACAUCUUAACCCAGUUUCCAAAAAACCAUAACUUAUUGAAAGAUUUGAGACCGAACAAGCCUUCUCUUCAAACACGGUCGCCGGUAUUCAUAUAUAGCAAGCCGGCACAAGGCCCUCGAACCAGGAUUAACGAAAGUGGCAAAAUUAUCUAUGAGGAGCUACCCAGAAACAUGUUGGGUCAAGGCUGCAGUUUUGUUGAUAUUAUCAACUAUGGCCUGACUGGUAGUACGUCUGGUGGACUACGAAAGCCCGUCAUCCAGCUGAAGCAGCAAGUUGGAACAGAAUGGAAAUACAGCAGUGAAUGGACAGACAAUUUCAUGAACCAUCUGAUGACUGGCGAGACCAGUGGUUUAUCAUUUUCAGGAAAUACUGUCCUUGUAACCGGCGCUGGACCCGGUUCGAUUGCCUCUGAUAUUGUUCGGGGACUACUAGAAGGGGGCGCCGAAGUUUUCGUCACUACGAGCCGCACGCCACCUGCUUCCACUACAAAGUUCUUCAACGAAAUGUACAAGGCCCACGGCUCGAAGGGKAGCAAGCUCACUGUGCUACCCUUCAACCAGGCUAGCAAACAAGAUUGUGAAGCGCUUGUCAAUCACAUCUACGAGACCAAGGAUGGAGAUCUCGACGUGAUUAUUCCAUUUGCCGCUAUUGGCGAGACAGGGCAACUAGAUGGAAUAGACGCAAAAUCAGAGCUUAGCCACCGGUUAAUGCUGACAAAUCUCCUUCGAAUUCUAGGACACAUCAAGCAGCAAAAACAGAAGAGAAGUUAUAACACGCGUCCAACCGCAGUUAUUCUUCCACUUUCCCCGAAUCAUGGUACCUUUGGUGGAGACGGUUUAUAUUCAGAGUCUAAGCUAGGAUUGGAAACUCUAUUUAAUCGCUUCCAUUCUGAAAGCUGGUCCGAUUAUCUUACCAUAUGCGGAGCAGUCAUCGGCUGGACGCGUGGCACCGGACUGAUGAAUACCAACAAUGUUCUUGCUCAAUCCAUUGAGGCGGAAAAUGCCCUCACGUUCAGCCCGGCGGAGAUGGCAUUCAGCAUUCUAGGUCUAAUACAUCCUGAUAUCAUGGCUGCAAUGGAAAAUGAACCGGUUCUUGCUGAUUUGAGUGGGAAUCUCUCUGCUGUUCAAAAUUUCAAAGAGUUGAUUUCCGGGAUUCGUCAGCAAUUGUCCAAUCGCAGCAGGCUUCAGCAAGCACUGAACGAAGAAGAUGGCCGUCUAGACGCUCUUUGCAGAGGACAAAAUUCGCAGCAUUCAUCCAGCAAGAAAACUAUAUCUCUGCAGACACGCCGCGUAAAUCUUCAAGUUGGCUACCCAGUGCUGUCUGAUUUCCAAACAACUACAAGCGGCCUGCCAAACCUCCAAGGAAUGGUCGAUCUCCAAAAAACCGUUGUCGUCGUCGGUUUCUCCGAAUUGGGCCCAUGGGGAAGCUCUCGAACCAGAUGGGAAAUGGAGCAUGGUGGGGAAUUUACGGCAGGCGGGAUGCUUGAGAUAGCUUGGAUCAUGGGCCUAGUAGAACACUACGACGGCCAAAUCAAGGGCUCGCAUUACGUUGGUUGGGUGGAUUCUAAGACAAAAGAGCCGGUCCCUGAUAUCGAGGUUGCCUCUAGAUAUGGCAAGUACGUCCUUGAACACACUGGAAUUAGGCAAAUUGAACCAGAAAUUUUGGACGGCUAUAAUCCUGACGAAAAGGAGUUUCUUCAUGAAGUUGUUAUGGAUAAGGAUCUACCCACAUUUGAAGCAUCCAAGGCGACUGCAGAAGCCUUUCAACUGCAACAUGGUGACAAGGUUUCCAUCACACCAAUACCGAAUUCAGAAGAUUAUCAGGUCAAAGUCAAGAAGGGCGCUAGGUUAUUGAUUCCAAAGGCCGUCUCUUUUGAUCGUAAAGUUGCUGGUCUACUCCCAACCGGAUGGAAUGCAGCAACAUAUGGCAUCCCGGAGGACAUCAUCUCUCAAGUCGAUCCAGUUACAUUGUAUGUUCUCUGCUGUGUCAGUGAGGCUAUGUACAGUGCAGGGAUUGAAGACCCCUAUGAGAUCUAUUCUCAUAUGCAUGUGUCAGAGCUUGCCAACUGCAUUGGUACAGGUGCAGGGGGUGUUUCAGCGCUGCGCAAGAUGUACCGAGAGAGAUAUAUGGAGCACGCAGCCAACAGCGACGUCUUUCAGGAGACCUUUUUGAACACAAUGGGUGCAUGGGUUAACCUAUUGCUUCUAUCAUCCACUGGUCCUAUCAAAACCAAUUCCGGAGCGUGCGCCACCGCUAUCGAAUCACUGGAUAGUGGAUGCGAGUCCAUCUUGCUUGGCAAGUCAAAAAUGGCUUUAGUUGGUGGUACCGAUGACUUCCGCGAAGAAGCUUCAUAUGAAUUUGGCCAGAUGAAAGCUACAGUAAAUACCGAUGAGGAGGUUCUCCAGGGCCGGGCUCCUAGCGAAAUGUGCCGUCCAAGUACAACUACUCGCAACGGGUUCAUGGAGGCUGCCGGUUGUGGCGUGCAAAUCAUUACAACAGCUGAAAUGGCGCUGAAGAUGGGGCUCCCGAUCUACGCCAUCGUCGCCCAUACACAGAUGGCUAGCGAUCGCAUUGGUCGAUCUAUUCCAGCACCUGGCCAGGGUAUCCUGACUGCCGCUCGCGAAGCUCCCGAUGCAGCAGAAUCUCCCUUAUUGAAUCUUGAGUACCGUCGCGAAAGAUUGAACGAAGCCAUUCAGGAGAUUGAUUCCUGGCGAGCUCGCCAGCUGCAGCUUAUUAAAACGAUGCCGGAAGAUGAUAUAGACGAAAUGCUACAAUUGCUGGAUCGACUCAGAGAUCGUAAACUUUCAGACGCUCGCAACAUGUGGGGAUCGAGUUUUCGACAACAGAAUCCUCAGAUCGCUCCUAUUCGUGCUGCGCUCGCGGUCUGGGGUUUGACGGUAGAUGACAUCGGUGUCGCAUCGCUUCAUGGAACGUCAACAAAAGCAAACGACAAAAACGAAGCCAAUGUAAUCAACCAGCAGAUGAUCAAGCUAGGAAGAACAGCCGGCAAUCCACUUUUAACAAUUUCUCAGAAAUGGCUCACCGGUCAUCCCAAGGGCGCAGCCGGGGCCUGGAUGUUCAAUGGUGGAAUGCAAGUGUUACAGACUGGCAUAGUACCUGGGAAUAGAAAUGCGGACAAUAUCGAGAUUGCUUUGCAGCCAUUUGAGCAUCUCAUAUAUCCGUCCAAGACAAUUCAAACUUCGGGACUCAAGGCUUUCAUGCUGACCUCAUUUGGCUUUGGUCAAAAGGGAGUCCUCGCGAUUGGAAUUUCUCCAAAAUUUAUAUUCGCUACUAUGACAGAGGCCGAAUAUCAGCAAUAUAGAGACACCGUACAAUCAAGGGUGCAAAAGGCUGAGUUGGCGUUCAUUCGAGCGCUCAUGACCAAGUCUCUCUUCAAACCCAAGAAGGAGUCUCCCUGGAAGGAUAACGAGCAAGCAGUCCUUCUUGAUCCUCGUGCCCGUGCUUUCUGGGAUUCAGAAAUGAGCGAGUAUUUUAUCACUGCUUGA